ACUGACACGGAGCCCUCUUGGCAGUCGCGCCUCCCACAACCCACCCAAGGGCAGCUGAGGGAGCGACGGGGCAGCGCAGCACCUCUCAGACCAAGCCUCUCCUCCAAAAGAGCGACUCCACAACACGGAGUGGUGUUGUGUGGUUUUUUUUUUUUUUUUUUUAGGAUAUCCUCCCCGCGUAUGAGCGGAUCUUUCCACGCGCACUGCCAAGGUCCAUCCUUCCCUCCCUGGCCGCACACACGGCACUGGGCGUGUAGCCGGGGCUCUAUGUAACCCCGCCGGCACGGCUCGGCCCCGCCACAGCCGCUCCGCGACGUCCGUCCCGGGCGCUCCCGACCCUGCGGCAGCGGAGCGGGGAUGCCUCCAGCCCCGGCGGCCGGACCGCCGCCCGCCGAUCCGCGGGCAGCUCCGCCGCGGCGGAGCAGAAAGUGAAAGUACCUGCGGCCGGCGGAGCCCCAUGGGAAAGGCAAAGCCCGGCCGUCCCGCCGCCGCCUCUGACAGCGCCGCGACCCCGCUCGGCGGGCGGGCGGCCGGGGGCUGCUGAGCCCCGCCCGGCCGCCGCGGCCCCUCUCGGCCCCUGCGCGGCGCUCCGCGGGCUGCGGGCGUCAUGGGCGACACGGCGCCGCCACCAUGACCGCGGAGCCGUCGGCGCAGCUCCCUGACAUCCUCCCCGCGGACCAUGUUCCAUGCCUUUUUUAGAUCUACUCUUCCAGUUCUGCCACUGCUCCUUGUUCUGUCUCCAGUGAAUUCAUCUAGUUGCGCAAUGGAAAAUAAAACAACUGAAAUCCAUGUGAAGUAUGAGAACAUACUAAUUCACGACAUCAAUGAGCUGGUAAAUAUAUCUGCUCAGAAUCGUGACAGGUGCUGCAGGAACAAAAAUAACAAAGUGUUUUUCUGCAAUGAUACUCAGGAAAUAGAAUCAUUACAGAGCAUGGCAUGCAACAUGCUCAGAUUCUUUCAUAAGCAAAGAAUCAGCAAAGCCUUUAGAUGGAAAGCAGCAUUCGUCUCAUGUGGGACAUUACAGGUUCUGAAGUGCAAAUGUGAAGGACACAGAAAAGAAAAAAUUUGUCCACAUGUAAAUGUAUUUAGUAAAGAAGAUACAGAGACAGGUGAACAGUCCAGAAAGAAAUGUAACCAAGAAGUUUGUGAACUGAAAGAAAAUAUAUCUAGCCUUAGAUCCUGCUGGAAUAAAUUUGAAAAAAUAAUUUCCAGGUGAUUCCAGAAUUCUGAUGGAAAGCUACUGUACCUUGUUCCUGGAGAUGGAAUAAGCAGAAACGACUGAACAAGCUGCUGAAGUCCAAGAAGUGGAAAUAAAAGACCAGCAUGUGAAACAAAGAACUCUACAGAAGGCUGUGUCCCACCUUUGUGCUCUGGAAACUACUUUGAAUAUUCUGAUUUUUCAAGUAACUUUAUAAUACCAUCACAUGAAAGUAAUCUAUUUACAUGUCUUCUGCAAUUUAUAAAAUCAUCUUAGAAGCUGCAGGUGAAGAAAACAGUAUGGAAAAGUAGCUGGUUUCCUUAUACCUAUGUAAAACUCAUCAAGAUCCAAAAGUAACAAUCUAUCAAAGCAGCAGCUAAUCUUGAGUAUGUUCUGCUGACAUAGAAGUGUUUUCAGUGUAGGUCAAAUGGUCUGCUAACUGAUUUGGGUUUGGAAAGAGCAGGGAAGAAGUCAACUUUCUGAAAAACUUAGAAAGGGUACUGAUUUCUGAGAGAUGUAGCAUGCUUCUGCUCUCUGAAGUAGAGGCAAGACAGCAAGUCCUAUGGAAGGCAAAAAAGGAGAGGCUUGAAUGUAUGUUUGUUCAGCUGACUAGCAGUACUAGUCCUAUGAAUUUGGUUAACCCAUAGUUAGCUGCAGGAGGAGCUAGAAUUUCUUAGCUUCAGAUUGUGAUUUGUUAUAUGCAAUUAUUUUAUAUAACGUGUUUUAAGAUGUUAGACAACCAUGAAUUAAAAUGUGUGAAUAUUGUCAGAGAAUAAUAUAUUGGCAUUUAACUAAUAAAGUGUUCAUAUUUAAUUUUGGAUAAAUAUAAGUAUUUUUAUAGUUGUUUAUAACUCUUUUGCAGUUUCUUACUUUGAUAUUAUAACU